GGACCAAAUUUCUUUCGCUCUGUUUUUUCUUCUUCUUUGCCCUCCUCCCCCUCUCAUGUUUGUUAUUUCGGUUAAUCAUACUCUAUAAUUUAAUCAUCUUCUCUCCUCUCUCUUGAGCUGAGUGUGUGUCUAGAUCCGUUUCUACAUAACAUCCUGAAUGCAGUAAUCUUCAUUUUCCAUAACUUUGAGAAGAAGUUUGCUAAAGGGGAUUGCUUUAUUCUGUGACCAAUAGCUAUCAAAGAUCAACAUGUCAAGGAGGCCAGUAAAUCCCGCACGGCGCUUUGCAGACGGUGCUAGUACUCCAUUUGGAGGCUCUUUGCAUCAUAAGUCACGCUCUUCCUCUUUACUACCCAUUGGCCUUGUUGUGGUGGGUGCACUUCUUUUUAUUGGUUACUAUUACAGUGGUUCAGGUGGAGGUAGUAAUGAUGCAGAAGUUGUCAGUAAGGUUGAAGGUGAACUUUCAUGUACAUCUGAACUUCGGAGCGUAAUACCUAUUCUGAAGAAGGCUUAUGGUGAUACCAUGCAUAAAGUCUUGCAUGUAGGCCCUGAUUCUUGCUCUGUGGUUUCUACAUUGUUAAAAGAAGAGGAUAUUGAAGCCUGGGGUGUGGAACCAUAUGAUAUAGAGGAAGUUGAUGCUCCUUGCAAGAGUCUCAUUCGCAAGGGAAUUGUGCGUGUUGCUGAUAUCAAAUUUCCUUUGCCAUAUAGACCAAAGUCAUUUAAUCUUGUUAUCGCCUCGGAUGCACUAGAUUACUUGUCCCCAAAGUACCUUAACAAGACUCUACCUGAGUUGGCGAGGGUAGCAAGUGAUGGCCUUAUUAUAUUUGCUGGGUAUCCUGGUAAGCAAAAAGCUAAAGCUGGAGAGCAAUCAAAGUUCGGAAGACCGGCCAAAUUGAGAAGCUCGUCUUGGUGGAUUCGGUAUUUUGUCCAAACUGGCUUAGAAGAGAAUGAAUCUAUCAUUAAGAAGUUUGAGCAGGCUGCAGAAAAGAAGGGUUUCAAACCUAGCUGCCAAAUUUUCCAUCUCAGCUCGUAAUGCUGGAAUUACAACACAACAAAUUCUUUUUUUGGUGUUCAUCAGGCUUUUGACAGUAAAUGUGCGAGCUUCAUCUUUGAAUACAUACCAGGUGAUGAGUAAUUUACCUACCACAAAGUAAAUUUUGUUCGAAAGGAUCAAUUUUUUUUCAGGUUGCACCUUAGUUAUAAUGUCUGUUGAUUUGUUAGAAGUAUUAUGGAAAAUUAGCCCUAAAUGUGUAACUGCACAAACAGUUUUGUUGGUCGAUUCUAUUUCGAGUCAAAUUUUAUGUUUGUUCUUUGCUCAUAAUUGUAAGUUUAUCAACAAACACAUUUCCAGCAGAAAGUAAUUAUGCAAUACGUUUUUUAGUUCCCAA